ACCCCGUGCACCAGGCUGGAUUGAGUCAACCCCCACCUCCCGCUCCUCUCUCCCAUGGAGCGCCUCCGUCGCCCGCCGUGUCCCCCAUCUCUGUCGCCGCCUCCGCCCACCGCGUCCCCAUCUCGGUCGCCGGUGGCCUCCACCUCCACUACAUCGCCUCGGCCCCCAACGCUUGACGCGAGACAUGGGGAGAGUUACCGGACACAAGCCAUGUCUGGGACACACGAGGCUCCAGUCGCCGUAGACGCACCGCCUUCCGCGGGCGCGUUCCGGGGAGGGGAAUGCCCGGGGGCGUAGGGUUCGGCUCCCGGGCGGCGGGCCUCGGCCUCUGAUUUUGGCCUUUUUUUGUUUGCCUCCUUACCGACGCUCGUUUGCGAUUUCGAUUUCUCCUUCCGGUUCGGGAUUCUGGUUCCGGCCUUGUGGGUUUGCGACUGACGGAAUUCCUUCUUCUUUUCUGUGAUGGACUGGUGGCAGGUUCCAGAGCGGCGGGAUGGGGAACAGAAGGCCGGGAGGAGCGCCACCGACCAGCAGCAGGAGCGUGGCGAGGGGCAACGCGGAGGCCGUGUCGGAGGCUCCCCGCCUGCGGCCGCAUGGAGCCCCAGCCGCAUCGGUUUCGGGGAUCCCAAGUCGGAGCACACCCCUUCCUGGUGAUCGGGAGAGGGGUUCCACUGGGGGAAAUGUGAUGACACCGCCUUAUGACAGGCAGCAGAACAGAGCGGUGGAGGAAGCGCGGCCCGGAGGGUCGAGCUUGGUUAAGAAGACCAGUGUGCUCAAUUCUCUGUCAAGAGGUUCAGAAGGAAUCUCUGGCUCUAGGAUGGGUGCAGAGGAGCAAUUGAUGAGUGAGCACGCCAACAACGGGGAUGCCGGCUCUUCCUCGAAGAAGCGGCCAAGAAAAAUGGAUGCAAGAAGCUACAUCAAGAGCUUCAAGACGGGCGUAAGAGUGGGUGCCCCAGCCGUGACAAGGACGUCAAGGCCCUGAACUUGAUGUAGAAGGAUGGCCGGCUGUCCCAGGUAACCAACUCUCAUAUGAAUCAUAUACAUCCUCUCCGACAAGUGACAGUUGGGGCUUCAUCUAAUUCAUCGAGAAAUCUAAAAUUCAGGGCUUUCCGUUCCUUGAGAACGACUGCCUAACCAGCACGUGCCUGCAUUACAGACUAUACGUGCUGGCUUAGAUUAAUAACACAUAUUCAGUUCACGAUCAGAAGGACAAUUUAGAUUAAUCAGCAACAAUUACUUCAUAAAAAUGCAGUACAGUUGGACCCUUAAUGCAAGCUUCCAUUACUGAGCUUUUGCUAAUGAGGAGUAAUUUAGCAACGUGUAUUUUUACUUUUUUAUCCACUGGCCUGUAGGAUUUUGUCUUGAGAUUUCCCGGAAAGGUGUAUUGUCAUUACGAAAAUAUCUUUGAUAUUUGUUUCAUCAAUCUCCAAUUGCUAAUUAUUUGUAAUAUUAAAUUAUAUGUGUUGAAGGCUUCUUUCUAUCGAAUUCAAAAUGCUGGAGCCUUUUGUGCUACUGAAUCAUAUCACUGUUAGUUCUUACCUGAAGAUAUUUUUUCAUUUUGAUAUGCAUGAAGUGACUAAGCUUUUGCUUUGACAAAUUGAAGGAACUGACUGAGCCCACUAUUAAGGAAGCUUUUGGGAAAGGUGUGCAUGAGGGAGCAUCUUGUGUUAUUGUCAGUUCAUAUUUUCUUUCCCGUGACGGAGGAUUUGUAGUUAUAAAAUGCAUACAACUGAAGAUGUCACCAGUGGCUCUGUUUUAUCCUAAUGCAUAUAUCGCACAGUAAGACAUGGGUUCUCAUGCAACUUGGCAUUGUUCUUUCUCAAGAUAUGCCUUCUUUAGCAUCAUAAGCCUCUAAAGAGCACUCGAGUGUACCCUACAUCAUCACGGCUCUUCUUGUACUACAUGGGCUUAUGGUGGUAUGUGCUAAUUAACUUCUCUCUCGAUAUUUAUGAGAAUUAUCAUUAAUAGAAAAGACAAACUACAUGCCUAAGGAGGAACGUGGUAUUUUCUAUAAGUAGAGCUAACAUGAACAACCACUCCUUUGAUGAUAUGCUAUAUUUUUCCAACAAGGAAUUGAACUACUCUCUAGGAAAGGGAGUUUAGAUUAUUUUUUUAUUAUCAAUGAUGGUUUUGGACUCGAUGGAUGCUUGUUCUAGAAAGAAGUCUAGAAAGAAGUCACUGAAUUGAUAUCAACUAAACCAAUCUCUUCUUUAUACAAGACGCAAGGGGUACCUUGAUAGCACGUAAAAACAUGAAUUGUUUCAGUUCUUUUUUUUUAAUAUGAGAAAGUUAAUUUUGCAAGAUAUUAUGAAUGGUCACAUCAAAUACUAUAUGAGGCACAUCACAGGUGAAGUCGGCGAGUGUACGAUGUGUGCCAGGACUUGGAAAAGUAUUGCUUUUGAUAUUAAUGGGAAAGACAAUGGAGGCUACUUUGCUCGAUAGUACUACCACGGUAGAUUUGAAAAUUGUAUACAACGAACCCUACUUUCCAGUUUGCACGUUCCUUACCAGGUUUAAUUCUUGAUACUUCUUCAAUGAGAGAAACUUAUAGUUCAGGAUGCAUUCUACAGGUUCCAUUACUGAUGUGGUACACAAUGCUUACUACACAUGUCGCCUUAUUUUCUUGUUAUGCUAUUUAUCUAAUUAAGCAAAUGUCUCAGCGUCAUAUAUUGUUAAUCUGCAUUGCUACUAUACACCACGGACUAAGUUAGAUCUUCUUCCUGCCGCAAGCACGUGCAUUGCAAGCUUGCCCAUAUUUUUUGUAGCCACUAUACUUUAUUUUUCUAUGUCUGUGCAUUAUUGGCAUGUCAAUUGGAGAAUUUAAAAAUACCCUUACAAAUUAUGACAUAGCUCAACUUUCAUAUUUUGGGGGUCAAUGAUUUGACAUCUGAAUCAGAUGUGUUAAUAUGAGCUACACAAAAUUUAAGUAUGUUAUAUCAUUCCAUAAUGCUAGAAUAUUCAUGAGUGAU